AUGCUGAUUGGAACUUGUUUCGGAAUGAACGUUGGCUAUCCAAUCAAUCCUGCUCGCGAUCUUGGGCCGCGUCUUUUCUCGCUCGUUGUUUACGGAAAAGAAGUCUUCACGCACCCGUAUCGGACUUGGUUUCUGGUUCCAAUUAUAGCUCCAAUGACUGGAGCAAUGGUUUUUGGAUGGGCCUAUCAUAUUUGUGCUGGCAUGCAUAUUCCGGAUGACGAGGACAGCGAGGGAAAUGAUACGGCGAGGGAUGUGCGCACAGCAUAA